AUGACGGUAUUGAUCAAUCGAUCGAUUAUCACUCCAUACAAGCUUCCCAACAACCCUGUGACUUCGCUUCGAGUUCUGCUAUCCCCCCAUGAGCUUUCCAAACCAUACAUGCUCUACCUUACACCCGGUCUCCUCGCCACCACAUUCAUCCAUUCUCUUUGCGUCACGCUCAUCGCAAGAACCAUGCGGGUUUUCUUCCUGGGCGCUUCGGCCCCUGAAGAUGUCCCUGAGGACAUCUCCCCUUGGCGAUGGGCGAUCUUCAUCCUCUGGCAGGCUUUCGCUACCGCUUGGCUCACACCUCUGGAGGUGGUCAGCACCAGAUUGUCUGUUCAACCUAAUACUGGAGAUGCCAUUCCUUCCGAAGAAGAACAAGGUCCGCCUGAGGGUGUUUCAUUCUGCGGAACCGACGAAGACGUCAUUGGCCUUCGACCCACUACUGAGCCCUACAACGGUAUGGUCGAUUGUGGUCGGAAAGUGAUUGAGGAAGAAGGAUGGCAGAGCUUGUACCGCGGAUUCUGGUGGACGAUGCUGAGCAACGUCUUUGGGGCAUUUGCUUGA